AUGGCCUCUCGCCGGCGUCCUAGUCCUAGCACCCUAGUCUUCCUGGUGUUGCUAUACCUCUACUACGCGCCAAGCUGCGCCUUCUCGCUCUCCUUCAACCUCAACUUCUCCGAUCCCAGCGCCGGUUCAUCCAUCGCCGUCGCCGGCGAUGCAUUCAUCAGCACGCCUCCAUUGACCCUCGAGCUGACCAGAAAUACACGUAGUGCGGGUAUUCAGGACAGCGUCGGCCGGGCGACCUACGCGCACAAAGUGCCGCUGUGGAGCAACGCAACCGGCGAGAUGGCUAGCUUCACCACCACCUUCUCCUUCCAAAUCACUCCAGACAAGGACAGCCUGCCGCUCACAGGCGAUGGGAUGGCCUUCUUCCUCGGCCAUUUCCCUUCGGCGAUCCCGCGGGACAGCUACGGCGGCAGCCUCGGCCUCCUCCUCACCAACACUAACGGUACAGGCGACGGUCGAAUCGUGGCCGUUGAGUUCGACACUUUCUUCAACACGCGAUAUGGAGAUAUCAACGGGAACCAUGUCGGCAUCGACAUCAACUCUGUCAACUCCACGGCGUCCACGAGCACGACGAGACAAGGCAAGAACCUCACGUCGCUCCAUGUUAUGGAAGCCACCAUCAAGUACCUGAAUGACUCCAAGAUGCUGGCCCUUGACCUCCUCAUCGACGAUGCCUUGUACCAGGUCAAUGCGACCGUCGAUCUGAGAAGAUACUUACCAGAGGAGGUCGCCGUGGGCUUCUCUGCGGCGACUGGCGACAUCACCGAGCUGCACCAGAUACUGUCAUGGUCAUUCAGUUCCACUUUGCAGCUUGAAUCAAAGAAGGAAGCUCAACCUCUUCCGAUUCCAAGUUUUCCAACCACCAGCAGCAACAACCACAAAACGUUGGUACCAAUCCUUGUAUCCGUACUAGUUCCUCUCCUUUUUUUGGUGGUCUGUGCGGCGGUUGUGCUGGGAUGGCGGCGACACAAAAGAAGAAGAGCAAACAAUGAGGACAGCGAAGAAGAGUGUGACGACAGAGCUGACCUCGAGAGAGGUGUGGCUGCCGGCGGCCCUAGACGGUACGUGUACCAUGAGCUGGUCGCCGCAACAAACAACUUCGCGGAGGAGGAGAAGCUCGGGCGAGGUGGCUUCGGGAGCGUUUACAGGGGUCACCUCACACUCACACUCGCAGGCGCCGUCGGAGGUGACCAAGACCGUCGAGAGGUGGCGGUGAAGGUGCUGUCAGCAGAGUCGUCGUCACAGGGGAGGAAGGAGUUUGAGGCAGAGGUGAGGAUCAUCAGCAGACUCAAGCAUCGCAACCUUGUCCAAUUGUUGGGUUGGUGUGACAGCCGCAAGGGGCUCCUCCUUGUCUACGAGCUUGUCGCCGAGAGCAGCCUAGACAGGCACCUCUACAGCAAGGACGGCACGUAUCUGACAUGGCCACAGAGGUACAGCAUCAUGGUCGGCCUGGGAUCGGCGCUGCGCUACCUCCACGGGGAGUGGGAGCAGUGCAUCGUCCACGGCGACAUCAAGCCCAGCAACAUCAUGCUCGACUCGUCGCUGAGCACCAAGCUCGGGGACUUCGGGUUGGCCCGGCUCAUCAACCACGGCGCCGGGUUAAUGCAAACUACCAAGGCCGUGCUCGGAACUGUCGGGUACAUCGACCCGGAGUUCGUCAACACGCGCCGGCCCAGCACCGAGUCGGACGUGUACAGCUUCGGCGUCGUCCUCCUGGAGAUCGCCUCCGGCCGGCGGCCGGUGAUCGAGACCGCGGAGAGAUCCUUCACGCUGCUCAGCUGGGUGUGGGGCCUGUACGGGAGGGACGCCAUCCUUGACGCGGCGGACGAGCGGCUGAGGGGCGACGAGGCGGACGAGCGCUGGAUGGAGCGGGUGCUGGUCGUCGGGCUCUGGUGCGCCCAGCCGGACCAGAGCGAGCGGCCUAACAUGGCGCAGGCCAUGCAUGCCCUGCAGUCCGACGAGGCGAGGCUGCCGGCGCUCCCGCAGCACAUGUACAUGGCUGCGCCGAGUCUUGCAUCGUCCGUCCCGUACGGGUCUUUCUCCGUUGACAGCUCAGGCUCCGGUUGCGUUCGCUCUUCUACGGUCAGCACCGGCAACACCACUGCUUCCUCCGAGUCGUCCUCCACCGCGCUGCUACGACAUUCCAAGGAUCAAGCUAAUUGA